AUGGACCCGCAGACGAGAAACGCGUACGAGCAAGCUGAACCACGUUUUCGCUCUCUUUCUUCCUCUACAUCCAUCGCAUCCUUGGAAGAUAUGGCUCGCGGACCUUCGGGUGCUGAGGAACGAACGCGCUUGGUAGCCGAGCAGGAUGUUGAACAUGGUCGUGCGCCAUAUGGGAGCAUCUCGCGUUUGGGACAUGCCAGUGCCAGUGGGACUGAUGGAGCAUCCACAGGCAGAAGCUCUGGUAAAGUUUCAUUCUUUACUUUUAUGUUGUAUUCCUUAACUCGAUCUUUUGUGGGCGAAAAGAGAGUGCGAUACUACAUUCCUUCUACUGCAUGGAUACCAAACUACUCUUUCUCGCUUCUGGGAGGCGACCUCCUUGCAGGUAUCACCAUUGCUGCCAUGCUUAUUCCCCAGUCCGUCAGUUAUGGAACAGCGUUAGCCAAACUUAGCCCGUCUGCUGGUUUGUUCGCGGCUUCGAUACCCCCAAUUGUUUACAGUUUUCUUGGAACAUCUCGUCAGCUGAAUGUCGCUCCCGAAGCUGCACUUAGUCUUUUAGUGGGCCAGGCAGUAUCUGAUUACCUUCACGACCCCCAUACACGCCCGGAGGAUACCCAUGCUAUAGGACUGGCUGUAUCCACUGCCAUUACUCUACAGGUUGGCUUGUUCUCGUUUAUACUUGGAUUUUUCCGUUUGGGAUUCCUGGAUGUCGUUCUGAGCCGUGCUCUAUUGAGAGGGUUCGUAACAGCGGUUGCGGUUAUCAUAACAGUUGAACAACUCAUUCCUAUGUUUGGUUUGGUCGAGUUGGAGCACACUUUUAAUCCAGAAACCACUCUGGAUAAAAUCCUGUUCCUGGUGGAGAAUGUAUUCACACAUCUCCACAAACCGACGACUUUCAUUAGCUUUGGUGUUCUUAUGGUGCUCCUCUUAUUGAGAACAUUCAAAGGACGCUAUAGAAAAUAUUGGUGGAUUUAUCGGAUUCCUGAAGUAUUUGUAGUCGUCGUUCUAUCAACAUUGAUAUCAGAAAAGUUCAGGUGGGACCAAGAUGGCGUCGAGAUUCUUGGUGCUGUGCCGAUUACUACUGGCUUGCACUUCAUCGAGUCACCAUUCCGUAAGGCUACCCGAGGCUAUAUCAGAGGUACAACAUCUACGGCGAUAUUAAUAUCGAUCAUAGGCUUUUUGGACAGUAUUGUCGCUGCGAAACAAAAUGGUGACCGUUAUGGCCACUCUAUCAGUCCCAACCGCGAGCUCGUCGCGUUGGGUACUAGCAAUCUUGUUGGGUCAUUUGUCCCUGGAACUUUACCUGCAUUUGGUUCUAUAGUCAGGUCUCGCAUUAAUGGAGAGGUUGGAGCGAGAACGCAGAUGGCGUCGUUAGUCUGUUCUGCGAUUAUCCUCCUUGCAACAUUUUUCCUUCUUCCAUGGCUCUACUUUUUACCAAAAUGCGUUCUCGCUGCCAUCAUCUGUUUGGUCGUAGUCUCGCUUUUCGCUGAGGUCCCCCAUGACCUGGUCUUUUACUGGAGGAUUGGUGCAUGGACGGACCUAGCACUCAUGUUCCUCACCUUCAUAUUCUCAGUCAUAUGGAACGUCGAAAUUGGUAUCAUAGUCAGUUUGAUCAUCUCGCUUCUUUUGGUCAUUAGGCGCUCUUCCAAGACGCGCAUGACGAUCUUGGGCCGAAUCCCAGGCACAGACCAGUGGAGACCUAUCUCUGACAACCCUGAUGCUGAAGAUAUCCCAGGGUUGUUGAUAGUACGGAUUCGCGAGAGUCUUGACUUUGCGAAUACUGCACAGCUGAAAGAGCGUCUUCGCAGGCUCGAGCUUUACGGCGUUGAGCCGACUCAUCCGUCCGAAGAGCCCAGUAGACAGCCUGCGAGCGUACUUGUCUUCCACAUGGCUGACGUAGAGUCUUGUGAUGCAUCGGCCAUCCAAACGUUCUAUGAACUGUUGGAGACUUAUAAGAAUCGCGGUGUUGGACUGUUUGUUACGCACCUUCGCCGUGUCCCACGUGACAUGUUCGAACGUGCUGGCAUCGUGAAGCUUCUAGGGAAUGACGCUUUCUUCGAGAAUGUUGCGGAUGCGAUGGCGAAAGUGGAGGGUAGGUAAAGACAGUUUAACCGGCAACGCCAAACAAAAUUUCAUGAAGCUCGAAGGGGGUGGAUCUGACGAUAGCUACAGGAUAGCGUAUGAUGAUGAAGACGAAGUUGAUGAUAUUUCUGUUAGGUUCUUGCUCAUUUUUUAAUGUUAAUGAAUUUGUGAUCGGACGGCACUUUGAUGCACUUAUCGACUAUACCGCAUGCACUCGCACCUUGUAGCUUCUAUUUAGACUAUGCAUAUUAUUUUGCUUUGGAUGGUU